UGACGCAUGGGCCCGCAAACAGCAAGGCUUUGUGGAGAGAGCGGAGUACCAACCAAGGAGGUGGAGAAAGGCCGAUUAGGAACAAAAACAUGACUCAGAUUAGUCGAAAAACUCUAUAAACUGUCAGAUUAUAAAGAAAGGCGGUAGGAAAUUAUAUUAAAUAGCUUCAAAUGCACAGAAGAGUCCAUCAGUCCAACAGAGGAGGGGCAAGCUUUAGAUUACAGGCCAUCCCAUCUUCAUCACCCAGCCCCCUCCCCAAAAAAACUGACUCCAACGGAGGAAACGGAAAACACGAAACAUAGCAGGGUCAAAACUCCGCAACUGUGCAAAGAAUUCCAUUUUUAUUUUUGUUUACUAAAACAUUUUUUUCCGUUUUUAAAGUUUUCCUCCAGCUUCCUGCAUCCACUUUUUGGCAGUUUGAUCACAACUGUUUGCAACUGGCUAACACCAUCCGCCCUACUUGGGGGACAAAAGGGACGUUGAUUGAUUGAUCUAGCUGGAGAGAUGUCCUCCCAGCCUCCCCAGUCCCAGAUGAGGGAGAACAUGCUGAAGACCAUCGGGAGCUUUUGGGGAAUCACCCGGAUCCUGCAGAUCGUGUUCGGAGCCGGGCUGUGGGUCACCAUCGCUGCCAACAAAUACGAGGGCUCCAUCCACUUUGUCCUGUUCGUGGCGGUCCUCUUCUGGCUCCUCACCCUCGCCCUUUUCUUCAUCACCCUCCUGAACAAGCAGGACCUGGUGCCUCUGCUCGGAGGGGAGCGCUGGUUGUCCACCAACUUGGCGCACGACGUGGCCGCCGCUUUGCUCUAUCUCCCUGCGAUUGGAGUCAUGAUCUACAAGACGGAGCGCAACUCGUUCUGCAACCUGGAUCAGUACAAGCACCUCUGUCUGUAUAAGAUCUACCUGACAGCCGCCGUGUUCGCUUGUCUGAGCUGCUGCGCUUAUCUCCUAUCGGUUAUUCAUGGGGGCUGCAGAAAGUGUCGUGGAGAUCAGACGCUCCUCUGAAGGAGGGAGGGGGGUAAAGUGGCUUUUGAGACCACUGCAAAAUGAGGAAUUCCUAAUUUCACUGUAACUUCACUCAACAGUUGUGUCUGCUGUCUUCUCUUCCUUCUUCCAGGCGGUGGAGAAGCGACAAAACCAGGCGCAAAGUUCAUUGUGCGCAAAUGCAUGCGUAAUUAGUGACAUUUACUGCAACCAAAACAGUCAUUGUCAAAUGAAAGACAUAAUCCAACAUAAAAUUCCAACAAAAAAAAAUACAUUUUAUAGAUUUUGAAGAUACUUUUUUAUGUUAUGUAUCUAACUGCUGCAGGUGUGCUCACAGUUGUAACUUCAGGGGUAAUUAUUUCAUGUUUUUGUAUUUUAUGUUUUCUUGUGCUUGUGUAACAGCAUCUGUUUUUUUUUCUUACUCACACUUUUUUGUUUUUGUGUCCAAAUGCUGUCCAAGUUUGUGAGCAGCAUCACUGCUGUUGUCCAUGGUCCAAACAAAAGUCGGUACUAUAUGUACUAUAUGUAAAAACCAAAGAAUAAAGUCAAGUGCAUUGAG